AUGCUCCGAGUUAAAAGAAGAUAUGGUGCUGCGACAUCCUAUCUUUCAAAGUUCACUCUUCUUCCUCAAUAUAAACUUAAAUGCGGGCUGGAAAUUCAUACCCAACUGAACACAGCGAACAAGCUGUUUUCCCUUUCAACGAACGACCCAUUUCACUCUUCUAAAUCUCCCAAUUCACUCACAUCGCACUUUGAUAUAGCGUUACCGGGAACCCAGCCUAAGUUGAACUAUGAAGCUGUCCUUUUAGGAUUGAAAUUGUCAGUAGCUCUCAAUUGCAAGAUCAAUCUCAAUUCACAUUUCGACAGAAAGCACUAUUUUUAUGGUGAUCAACCCUUAGGAUACCAAAUAACUCAACAUUUUUCUCCUUUUGCAUCCGAUGGUCAAAUGCCUUUAUGGCAGGAUAUCGAUGAUAUUGAUACCAAGAGCAAGAAUAUUAACAUUAUCCAAUUGCAAAUCGAGCAGGAUACUGGGAAAUCCUUAUACAAGGAUGUCGAUAAAAUAACACUUAUUGACCUUAACAGGUCGAAUGUGCCGCUAAUAGAAAUGGUUACUGAACCGGACUUUAGUGAUCUAAAGGAAAUUAGAGCUUUUAUUAAAAAAUAUCAGAACUUAGUUCGACAUUUGGAUAUAUCAACCGGUGAUCUAGAAACAGGAGCAAUGAGAGUGGAUGUUAAUAUGUCCAUCAAUGAGUUUGCAAGAGUUGAGUUAAAGAAUCUACCUAAUACGAGUGCCAUAAUGAACGCCAUCAAAUACGAAUAUCAAAGGCAGGUCAAAAUUAUCAAAGAUGGCGGUGGCAUGGAGCAUUUAAGCUCAGCAGAAACAAGAGGAUGGAAUGGAUCAUCCACUGUUAAACUUAGAAGUAAGGAGACUACGAUCGAUUAUAGAUACAUGCCAGAUCCCGAGCUACCAAGUAUUUCUCUUUCUCCUGAUGCCAUAGAGAGUAUAGCAAAAAGGUUGCCUCCAAUCCCAGAUGAAAUUUUGAAUAAGUUAACGCACGAGCCCUACAACUUAUCGUUGAAAGAUGCAAAAAUUUUGACAAUCAGUAGUAAUAGUCAAGUUGAGCUUUACACCCAUGAAGAAUUACGAAAUUAUUAUUUCGACACUUUCCACAGCUAUAACAAUGCAGUACUGAAAGAAAAAAUUGGGAAAGUGAAACCAAAAUUACCUAUAAAUUGGAUUGUUCACGAGCUGCUGGGAGAUCUGAAUAAAUUGAAAAUACCACUCUUGGAAGCCAAAAAAGUCUUGACUCCUCAAAAACUCAAAGAUUUUCUGAUUUUAAUCCACAAAGGGGAUAUAUCAAGUGCAAGUGGAAAACUGCUCCUCUUUCAUAUACUGGAAAUGAUUAAAAAAGAGAACUUUUCAUCAGAAGGACAGUUAAAUCUUGAAAAACUAAUAUCGCAAUAUGAUCUAGCAACAAUAAAAGCCAUUGACUCAAACGAUCUCCAAAAAUUGUGCCAGGAUAUAAUCACACAAGUCAAUGACGACAGAUUGAUUAGCGAUAUUGCAUCCGGAAAAAGGAGAAACUCUCUUAAGUUUCUGAUCGGUCAAGGCAUGAGGUAUUCACAAGGUCGAAUUAAAGCUCAAGAGUUCGAUAAAAUGUUCAAAAAGAUUUUGAAUAUUACUUACUAA